AUGAACGUUGUGGGGUGCAAAUGGGUGUUCAGAACGAAGCGCAAGGCCGAUGGCACGAUUGAGCAGCACAAGGCUCGAUUGGUCGCAAAGGGUUUCAAUCAAGUCGCUGGGCAAGACUUUUUUGAGACUUUCAGUCCUGUUGUCAAACCCACCACCGUGCGGCUUCUUCUCUCUUUAGCCGUUUCUCGCGGUUGGGUCAUUCGGCAGUUGGAUGUUCACAACGCCUUCCUCAAUGGUAAUCUUGCAGAGACAGCUCCUCAAGCGUGGUUCAAUAGGUUGCAUGCUUUCUUGGUGUUGGUUGGUUUUUCACCCUCCAAGACUGAUGUUUCUUUAUUCAUCUAUACUCGUGCCUCUAUUUGUUUAUAUUUGCUUGUCUAUGUUGAUGAUAUCCUUGUUAUGGGGUCUGAUGCUUCGUGUGUUACUCGGCUUCUUACUGACUUAGCCUCGGAGUUUAAGAUUCGUGACAUGGGUGCUCCGUCUUUUUUUCUUGGCAUUGAGACGGUCUCCAAGGAUGGUGGUUUGUUUCUUUCUCAGCAGCGAUACAUGCAAGAUAUUUUGAGCCGUGCAGGUAUGGUGGACUGUAAACCGUUGGCUACUCCGGUUCCUGUGUCCCGACCUUCUUCUGAUUCUGUGGUUCCCUAUGCGGAUCCCACGCAGUAUCGCAGUCUUGCUGGGGCUCUACAGUAUCUUACUGUUACUCGUCCGGAUCUCUCUUUUGCCGUGAACCGGGUCUGUCAGCAUAUGCACUCUCCAACCACUGAGCAUUGGGCUAUGCUCAAGCGUGUUCUGCGGUAUGUAAAAGGAACUCUGCACUUUGGUCUUUUUAUUCGUCCUUCCUCCUCUGUUGCGGUUCAUGCCUUUUCGGAUUCGGACUGGGCUGGUGAUCCAGCUGACAGGAAGUCUACUAGUGGUUUUGCGGUUUUUCUUGGUGGCAAUCUGAUUUUCCUGGUCUUGUCGGAAGCAACGCACGGUUGCUCGUUCGUCUACAGAGGCUGA